ACAGAUCGUUUCAAAACUUUUGCUUCAAGUCCCGAUAUUCUUUAAAUAUUAAUUAUUUUUUGAAAAUGGAAGGGAAAGAUCUGAAAAACCACGAUACUGAUCGCGUUCCUGAAGACCAAAAGCAGGUGAAUGAAGGCGAACCCGCAUCGGAAGCGCCCCAACAGAAUGAACCACCGCAAGAUGUAGAGCCGCAACAGAAGCCCCCAGAAGUUGAUUGUCAAACAUCCGAUGGCCCCCAACGUGGUGAUGAAGAGAAGUUGCCCCAAGAGCAAGAGCUAGCUGAAAAGUUGGCACUUCUAAAAACUAUACCGGAAAGAUGCAGCAGGAACCGCAGUAAUUUAACAAUGCGUCCGUCAAGCGCGGCACCUAAAUUCGAAGACAACGACGAAACUCCGGCAGAUACUGAAUCCUGCAGAUCUAACUAAAAGUCGGCCCAUGCUCCAGACCAUUUUUGAUUUUGACAUGUAUUUAUUUUUGCGAAUAAAAAUGUGUUUAUU